AAAAGAAUAGAUCCACCGGUUACCUCUACAUAAUAAUCGAUACACAAAUUAGGGCGUAUAUAUUCACAAAAGGGGUUCUGCAAAUUGCAUCUGCAAGCUCAAAUCGAUCAAUCUCCUGAAAUAUAAAAUAUUCAUCAGAGGCAGCGGAUAGGUAUAAAUUUGCAUUUGUGAGGGAGACAGUUUAAUGCAAUAUUCGACAUUAUGUUAAAAGAAACAAGGAAGAUUUAAUAGUAGGUAGUUCUGUCAGGCACUUGUGAGUUGUUACCAAUGGGUGCCCCCAAGCAGAAAUGGACCUCAGAAGAAGAAGCUGCUCUCAAGGCUGGUGUCAAAAAGCAUGGUGCAGGUAAGUGGCGUACGAUCCUUAAAGAUCCAGAGUUCAGCGGUGUGUUGUAUCUGCGCUCAAAUGUGGACCUCAAGGACAAGUGGAGGAACAUGAGUGUCAUAGCAAAUGGAUGGGGUUCUCGAGAGAAGGCUAGGCUGGCACUUAAAAGAAUGCACCAGAGUUCUAAAGAUGAUGAUAAUUCCAUGGCUCUUGCUAAUUUAGAUCAGAGCGAUGAAGAACUUCUCGAUGAGCAGCCUCUUGCAGUUUCUAUGGGUUCCCCCCCACAGAUUGGUAGUUCAAAGAGAUCUAUAAUAAGAUUGGACAAUCUUAUUAUGGAAGCCAUAACCAACUUGAAGGAACCUGCUGGUUCUAAUAAGACUACUAUCGGUACAUACAUAGAGGAACAAUACUGGGCGCCUCCAAACUUCAAAAGACUCCUUUCAGCCAAAUUGAAGUUUUUGACUAAUACUGGUAGGCUGAUAAAGAUGAAAAGGAAGUACCGAAUCGCACCCACUUCAGUUUCUUCUGACAAAAGGAAGCAGCCUUCCAUGUUACUCCUAGAGGGAAAACAGAGGUCCUAUAAAGCUGAUAGGGAUGAGGUUUACACACCCACAAAGCCUGAGAUUGAUGCAGAGUUAGCCAAGAUGAGGAGCAUGACCCCAGAGCAGGCUGCAGCUGUUGCUGCUAGAGCAGUUGCUGAGGCAGAAAUUGCUAUGGCAGAGGCUGAAGAAGCAGCAAGGGAGGCGGAGGCAGCAGAAGCAGAUGCAGAAGCUGCCCAAGCUUUUGCUGAAGCAGCGAUGAAGACACUGAAAGGAAGAAGCAGUAACCCCCGAGUUAAUUUGCAGAUGAUUCGUGCUUGAUGAAAAUAACAAUGGAGCAACCUGGAUCUCAGUUCAAACUUCUUAGCUCUUGCUGGACCACAACCUUGAAUAGGUUUUUGACACAGUUCAUGAAAACAUCUUUGUCUGUAGUUGUAAAUAAUGUUUAAGGCCUGUUGUCAAAUCCAGAUGUUGAAGUAAAUUAUGCAGACAUCUAGUUCCGGUUAUCAUGAGAGUACUUUGAAUGUUUCAUGAUUUUCUAAAUUACUAUUACUAGACAUGGGUGCUGGUGAGCGGAUUUUCACCUUCUGCCAAAAUUAUGGGAAUUAUGCUCUACACAA